CAAUUUUUGCCCUUUUACCUUUGAUUAAAGGGUGAAAUUUCCUGCUCUCUCAAUUUCUUAUCUUCAUUUCAAGUCGAGACGAACUCCAAGAUAAAACUCCACAAAAGCUUAUCAGAUCACCCACCAGACACCGCCGCCGUCUUAGCCACCAUCAUCGCUGUUCCAAAAUGGCGGCUGCAAUUACCGGUGUAGGGGUGCCUUGCCCCUCGAAAUUGAGUCACACUUCGGUCGGUCGCAGACAUAAGCGUUGUGGUUCAGUCAUCCGAAUGGCUUUGACUGAGGAGAAGAAGAAAACCUUCACUCUCCAGAAAUCGGAGGAGGCUUUCAACGCAGCUAAGGAAUUAAUGCCUGGAGGUGUAAACUCCCCCGUACGUGCUUUUAAAUCAGUCGGUGGUCAGCCUAUUGUUAUGGAUUCCGUGAAGGGCUCUCGCAUGUGGGAUAUCGAUGGGAACGAGUACAUUGACUAUGUUGGAUCAUGGGGCCCAGCCAUUAUUGGUCAUGCAGAUGACGAGGUAGUCGCCGCUCUAUGCGAGACAAUGAAGAAAGGAACGAGCUUCGGCGCCCCUUGCCUCCUCGAGAACGCCCUCGCGGAGGCCGUCAUCUCCGCCGUCCCGAGCAUCGAGAUGGUCCGUUUCGUAAACUCGGGCACAGAAGCAUGCAUGGGCGUCCUCCGCCUUGCGCGCGCCUUCACCCGCCGCGAGAAAAUCAUCAAAUUCGAAGGUUGCUACCACGGCCACGCGGACCCCUUCUUAGUGAAGGCCGGCAGCGGAGUCGCCACCCUCGGCCUCCCCGACUCCCCCGGCGUCCCCAAGGCCGCCACUUACGAGACCCUCACUUCCCCUUACAACGACGUCAAAUCCGUUGAAACCCUCUUCCGAGCAAACGAGGGCGAAAUCGCGGCCGUAAUCCUCGAGCCCGUCGUCGGGAACGCGGGCUUCAUUCCUCCGCGGCCCGACUUCCUCGACUCCCUCGAGAGGAUUAGUAGGGAAAACGGGGCGCUUUUGAUAUUCGACGAGGUGAUGACGGGAUUUCGAAUCUCGUACGGUGGGGCGCAAGAGUACUUUGGGAUUUCCCCCGAUUUGACAACGCUCGGGAAGAUCAUUGGCGGGGGUUUGCCAGUGGGGGCUUACGGAGGGAGGAGAGAGAUUAUGGAGAUGGUGGCGCCAGCUGGACCGGUUUACCAGGCGGGGACGCUGAGUGGGAACCCGCUGGCGAUGACAGCUGGGAUACACACGCUGAAGAGGCUGAGGGAGGAAGGGACGUACGAGUAUUUGAGUGAGAUUACGGGAGAGCUUGUGGAGGGGAUUUUGGGGGUGGGGAGGAAGGCGGGGCACGCGGUUUGUGGAAGGUAUAUAAAUGGGAUGUUUGGGUUUUUCUUUCAGGAUGGGCCGGUUUACGACUUUGAGGAUGCUAAGAGGAGUGAUACGCAUAAGUUUGGGAGGUUUCAUAGGGCGAUGCUGGAGGAAGGGGUGUACUUUGCGCCUUCGCAGUUUGAGGCCGGUUUUACGAGCUUGGCGCAUACCAGGGAGGAUAUUCAGAAGACUAUAGCGGCGGCGGAGAAGGAUGUGUUUGUGUUGCCGAGAGAGGCUGAGGUUAAAAGUCAUUUUUCCUCGUGGAUUGCUUGUAACUCAGUAGGCCAAAAAUAA